AUGAACCGCCUCUUCGGCGCCGCCCCCAAGGGGCCGAAGCCGACCCUCAACUCGGCCAUCACAAACAUCGACGACCGCAUCUCCUCCAUCGACGUCAAGCUCUCGGCCCUCACCGCCGAGCUCAACACCUACCAGCAGAAGCUCGCCAAGAUGCGCGACGGCCCCGGCAAGAACGCCAUCAAGCAGAAGGCCCUCAAGGUCCUCCAGCGCCGCAAGAUGUACGAGGCGCAGCGCGACCAGCUCCAGUCCCAGGUCUGGAACAUGGAGCAGGCCCAGACCAUGCAGGACAACCUCAAGAACACCAUGGCCACCGUCGACGCCCUGCAGACCACCAACAAGGAGCUCAAGCGCCAGUACGGCAAGGUCGACAUCGACAAGAUCGAGCGCCUGCAGGACGAGAUGGCCGACCUCAUGGACAUCGGCAACGACAUCCAGGAGAGCCUGUCGCGCUCCUACGACAUCCCCGAGGACGUUGACGAGGCCGAGCUCGACGCCGAGCUCGAGGCCCUCGGUAUGGAGGCCGAGCUCGAGCCCGAGAUGGGCGCCGGCCUGCCGAGCUUCAUGCAGGAGGAGCUGCCCGAGUUCGUCGACGAGGAGCCCAAGGAGGGCACCAAGGUCAAGCAGGCUGCUGGUUAA